CUUUUGGAUAAUGUUUGAUUGGCUUUUAAAACUGUGUAGUGGGUUCUGAGAUGGUGAUGGUGGAUGGAGUCCCAUUUGCUCCUGAGAUCACAGUGACUAAACCCUUAACACUAUUGGGUCAUGGUAUUACUGAUAUAGAAAUUCAUUUCCUACAAAUCAAGUACAAUGCAAUUGGGAUUUACUUGGAAAAGGAAAAAAUUGUUGAUCAUUUGGGAAAUUGGAAGGGCAAAAAGGGAACACUGCUUGCUGAAGAUGAUUCCUUCUUUGAGGCACUUGUUUCAGCUCCCGUGGAGAAAUAUUUCAAAGUGGUUGUGAUAAAGGAGAUAAAGGGUUCGCAGUACGGCGUACAGUUAGAGAGCUCGGUGAGAGACCGAUUGGUGGCCGUCGACAAGUACGAAGAAGAGGAAGAAGAGGCACUUGACAAGAUUGCCGAGUUUUUCCAAACCAAAUAUUUCAAGAAGGAUUCAGUGAUCACUUUCUAUUUUCCUGUAGCUUCUCGCACUGCAGAGAUAACAUUUGCGACGGAGGAAAAAGGAGAAGUGAAAAUGGUGGUGGAAAAUGCCAACGUUGCGCAGAUGAUCCAAAAAUGGUACCUGGGGGGAAGCAGAGCUGUGUCUCCUACCACAGUGAAGAGCCUAGCAGAUAACAUUGGGGCACUGCUUUCUCAGUAGAAUUAUGUAUUACUAAGCAUGAUUAAAAAAAAGAAAAAAUUGGAGAAAAACAAAAAGAAAGAGGGAAAAUGUUUGGUUUUUCUAUUUAUAUUGUCAAAUUCUAAUAUGUUUGUUGAGAUGAUCGAGAGCUACAAUGAAUGGCACAACCAUAUGGGCUGUGGUGAUGGUGAUUAAGUUGAUAUGAGAUUUAUAUAUAAGAAAUAUUUUUCAUGUGUUA